AUGACAGUCCCCAAAACCCGCACCGCAGCAGAGGUCAUCUCCCUCCUGAACCUGGCUCCCCACCCGGAGAAGGGUUACUACAUCGAGACAUUCCGCGACAAACCCUCCUCUACAGAGACUACCUCGCGCGCCGCAAGCACCUACAUCUACUACCUCCUCGACAACACCUCGGGAAACAGCCACUGGCACCGGGUCCUCGACGCCGUCGAAGCAUGGCACUACUACGCGGGCGCGCCGCUGCAGCUCUCGCUGGCUUGGAAUGAUGGAACACCUAUUCGGGAACAUGUUCUCGGACCGGAUCUCUGGGAGGGCCAGAGGCCGCAGGUUGUUAUUCAGCGUGGGGAGUGGCAGGCGGCCAAAACGCUCGGGGAGUGGACGCUUGUUGGGUGUUCGGUCGCACCGGGGUUUGAGUUUGGGUCGUUUGAGAUGGCGGAGGAGGGGUGGGUGCCAGAUGAGGGGGCCAAGGGGCAAUGA